AAUUUUAGUAUAGACCUGUUUGGAACUGCAAAAUAAAAUGACAGCUAAUUAAUUAUCUUAAAGUGGGCUGGCUGAGCCAAUCAAGGUGUAGAUAAUCUUAUACCAGUCAGACCUUAGAUUACUUUGGAUCAGGCUUUUAGAGCAAUCAUGUGUCAUAUUUUCCUGUAGGCUGGAGUCUGCUUGUGUUACAGUUGUAUAAGGUCAGACCUUAAUUUAACUACCAACUGCACACUUAAUUUUAGAAAUACCACAUGACCUAGCGUUUCACAGGCCUGUGUUUGCAUGUUUGAAAUUCAGGAUCCAAUGAAACAAUGACAAGAUUUUGAAAAGAGCAGCUCAUCAGUUCUUAUGAAGUAAAAUGGAAGGGAACGAGGACUCUGAUGAAGACCACCUGACCAGUUAUGCAGUUCAGUUUAGCCUUCAGGAAUCUCUGGAAAAUGAAAGGAGUCAGCAAUCUUCUUCCACCAGUAAUGAUACAAGGUUUGUAAAGGUCAGCGAGCAAAACAGGCACCUUGUAACCGCCAUAAGAGAAGGUCAAGUAUUUAACCUUCAAAACUUAGUGAAAUGCAAAUACGCCUUGGAUGAGGCUGAUGAGAGAGGAUGGUUUCCUUUACAUGAAGCUGCAGCUCAGCCAAUCCAGCAAAUACUUGAAGUUGUAUUGGAUGCUUCUUAUAAAGCGAUGUGGGAAUAUAAAACAGGUGAUGGAGAAACUCCGUUAACUUUGGCAGCCAAGUGUGGUCUUGUGGAAAAUGUCAGAACACUACUGGAAAAGGGGGUCUGGCCCAACACAACCAACAGGAAAGGAGAAACACCUCUUCUCAUAGCAAUAAGACAAGGCUCCUACAAAAUAGCCUCCACUCUGAUCGAAUACAACUGCACCGUCAAUCAGCCAUGCGUCAAACGCUGGUCUGCAAUGCAUGAAGCUGCAAAACAGGGUCGCAACGAUAUUAUUGCUCUUCUUUUGAAGAACGGCGGAAACGUCCACCUGAGAGAUGGAUAUGGAGUAACUCCAUUAGGUGUGGCUGCUGAAUACGGCCACUGUGAUGUGCUGGAACAUCUGAUUCAUAAAGGUGGUGAUGUUUAUGCUACAGCUGAUGACGGCUCCUCAAUACUCUUUGAAGCGGCAGGCGGUGGAAAUCCAGACUGCAUUGCUUUGUUGCUGGAGUACGGCGGAAGUGGGAACCUGCCCAGUAAGGCGGGGCACCUCCCUAUACACCGAGCAGCAUACGAAGGGCACUAUCUGGCCUUGAAAUUCCUAAUUCCAGUUACGUCCACAACUGCAAUCCAGAAAAGUGGGCAAAGUCCCAUUCACUCAGCAGCAGAAGGCCAGAAUCCACAAUGCCUCGAACUCCUAAUCGAAAAUGAUUUUGACGUCAACGCUGUCUUGGCUAAAAACAUUUCAGAAAGUUAUGACGAUGAAAGGAAAACGGCUCUUUAUUUUGCCGUUUCCAACAAUGACAUUCUGUCAGCUGAAGUACUACUCCGAGCUGGGGCAGACCCAAACAAAGAUCCCCUGAACUGCCUUCUUGUAGCAGUGCGAGCUGGCAACCACGAAAUAGUAAGGUUACUGCUUUCCUAUGGAGCCAAUGUCAACUGCUAUUUUAACCUGGUAAACGACACCCACUUCCCCAGCGCCGUUCAGUAUGCCUUGAACGAUGAGGUCAUGCUCAGGCUGCUGCUGAAUCAUGGAUACGAUGUGGGUAUGUGUUUUGACUGUAUGCACGGGGACAUCUUCGGAAACACUUUUGUGUGGGCAGCUGCAGACGAGGAAGUAUUACCAGGAUGGACAUCUUGCAUAAUUAAAGAUACUCCAUUCUGCGACUUUAUUACUGUUCCUUGGAUGAAACAUUUAGUAGGACCGAUUGUUCGUAUUUUGAUAGAUUACAUGGAUUAUGUUCCUUUGUGCACAAAACUUAAAUUUGUCCUGGAGACACAAAAAGAAUGGAGAGCAAUCCAGCAAAUAUUAGAGCACCCCCGCCCACUAAAGCACCUGUGCCGCCUGAAAAUACGUAAAUGUAUGGGAUUAGAGAGGCUACAGAAGCCACUAUCGAUGAAGAAACUUCCUCUCCCACCAGUCCUUAAAGGGUACAUCCUAUACAACGAGUAUGAUCUUUAUGGAAGGGGACUUCAUAACUUGCCAUGAUUUCCAAACCAUUGAUUUUGCAACUCAUCCUUAACACAAAUUACUCGUAAAUUAACCCCCACUCCUGCUUACAAAUAUCCAUGCUUAGGAUCAGGGUGCGAAAAUUAUACACUGAGGAUGGAUGCAAUGUCUGCUUGUGAAAGGCCUGUUUGUUUUACACAUUUCUCUAAAGUCAGUUUCAUGAGAGGAAAAAUGAAACAAAAUCUGAAGUUUUUCUUCACUUUUGAUGCAUCUUUUAUUAGUAUUUUAUGUAUAUCUGUAACAAUUGAAACUAGCAGUUUAUUGACCAUAAGAUAGAUAGAAACUGCCUCUCUCGAUAUUUAUUAUAAUUAAGAUAUUUUAACCUUAAAAGUAUAUCCUACAACGAUGCAUAUAUUAUUUAUUAAUUAAAACAUUUGUUUCCAG